UGAACUUUCUCUUGAAUGUUUCUCAUUUUUAUAUCUAUAUAUAGUAUAUUUACCAUUAUAAAAAAAAACUAUAAAAAUUAGUAGUCAAUGUAUAGUUAACUUUGUAAUUGCUAAAUUCGUGAUUUGUAUGUUAAGUAGUAGGCAUAUGUGAAAACAUCCUUGACGUAUAUUCUCAUCAAUAAAUUGACCUCCCAAUCACUUAUGAUCUUACAAUCAAGUAUAAAAUGAGUAGCAUUCCCUAUGUUUAUGCACCAAGACUGAAAAUCACUAUUAAAAAUGGCUUCUUUUUCCUUAUUCUUUCAAGUGUUGUUCCUUGUAUCUCUCAUUCUCAUCCCUCAAGGGUUUGCUAUUCGUGAAUAUAUACAUGAUUCUACUCCUGUUUUACCCCCAAGAAAAGGCAGGCCGCCACCAACCCCUCCAACCCCCGUUUUGCCCCCAAUAAUUGUUAGACCGCCGCCGGCUACUUCUGUGUACAAGUCACCAGUUGAUAACAUGGCUUCAUUUUUCUUGUCUUUACUAGUAUUGCUCCUUGCUGCUUUUAUGCUAGUUCCACAAGGGCUUGCUUACAUUAAUAAGCCACCUGCAUAUAAACCUCCAUCCCGCCGCUAUCCUCCAAUUUAUAAGACACCGCACAAACAACCGGUGCAUAAGCCGCUUGUUUAUAAACCACCGCACAAAGAACCACCGGUGCAUAAGCCACGGUACAAGAGGCCACCUCAUGGUAAACAUCCUCCAGCAAAUGAUAAUGUCCAUUAAUCUAAACCAUGAUAAUGUAACAUGGCAUAUUUAUAUCUAUUAAAUAAAGUCCUAGUUACCAAUGCUUUUUGACUUUUACAAUGUAUGGUCAGGCCAAGUUAAUUAAGAGCAUUAUAUAUGUGGUAUGAAUGUAAAAUCUUGUUAUGUGCUUCGAAUUUAUAAAUGAGUGGAUUUUAUGAA